GUCUUUGCCUUUAGUUUCCCACGAGCUUUCCGUGUAACCAAAGGGACACGAUCGAGGCACUGAAAAAUGAAGCAGACUGUUUUCCACGCAGUGUGUUUGGCGCUGUUGGUGGCUACCACGGCCAUGAGGACGCGAGAUUGUCCCCUGGCCUGCACCAGGAGAUGCCAGCCCGUGUGUGGGACAGACGGCAAGACGUACAAUAACCCUUGUCUCCUCGAAAGGUCGAAAUGCAGGCAGAAAAUGUAUGUUGAAAUCGCACAUAAUGGUGCUUGUGAAGGAACCACACCUUCCUGCAGAUGGAGAUGAAGAUAAAAUGGAAGAACUGCGGUCUUUAAGAUUUGUCGAUAUAAGUUAAGAAUAUAUUGCAGUUCGUGGAUCUUUUUUUUUUCUUUCUUAUUUAAGAUCAGAGGCGAAGAUACACAUGACAGGUCGGUUAUUACUAAUGACAGGCUGUUUGGUGGUUGAUGAUGAUUAUUUGACGGUUGACAGGUUUUUGAUAGUUGCCAGUCAUCACCAAACUCUCAAGCGCAUCCUCGCCUUGGUAAAAAAUAUUUAUAUAAAAAAUAAAAAUAAGGAUAAAAA